AAUAAUAAGUUAUAUUACAUUUACAUUACAAUUAUAUUUACAUUACAAUUAAUAUUACCUAACUUUAAAGUGUUUCUACAAUAUUUAUCUUUAGGACAGAGUCUCCCUUUAAAUGCCCAAAUGUAAUGGUUGGGAGGUGAGUUCAUUCCAGACAUUCUCCCUGGGUGACAUAUUGGCUCAGAGACGUGAAACCGUUUAGCAUGCUCAUUAGUGACGUCACAGUCUCGUGCAACAGGCUCGGGAGCUUUUCGAUGCACCUGUUAUAGCACCUGGAGCAAGAGCAGAGCAGCACUGACUGGACUGGAGACUGGGACAGUAAGCAGCAGCAGCAUGGGAGGUGUUUACUCUAGUGAAAUGAUGGCAGGAGCUUUUUCCUAUGAGAGUUCAGAACUCGACUGGUGUGAAGACAACUACAGACACUCUGAACAUGUCGUGGAGUACUUCAACACAAUUAGCAGCUUUUUUUUCUUCAUUAUAUCUCCCAUCAUGCUCUACCUUCUGCACCCUUACGCCAAAGAGAGGAAUCUGGCAAUUCACAUUGUCUGGACCAUGAUGAUAUUUGUAGGGCUUUUCUCGGCGUACUUCCACAUGACCCUUAGUUUCGUCGGCCAGAUGUUGGAUGAGCUGUCCAUCCUGUGGGUGUUGGCGAUGGGAUAUUCUCUCUGGUUCCCCCGCAGACUCUUCCCUUCUUUUAUAAAAGACAGGUCCACAUUUUCAAGCCUCGUCCUGGUGAUUACUGUCAUCUCCACAUUGUCGUCAUUCGUCAAACCUACAGCCAAUGCCUACGCUUUAAACUGCUUUGGCCUCCACAUGCUUUACGUUCUAGCUGUCGAGAUGAGAUGCUGCACUGACCAGAAGGCUCUGCGACUGGCCAAGCUGUCGGUGGCUCUCUGGGUGCUCGCUAUCUCCUGCUGGAUUAGUGACCGUUUUGGCUGCAGCUUCUGGCAGAGGCUAAACUUCUGCUACCUGCAUGGUAUCUGGCACAUUCUGAUUGUGAUAGCUGUGGCCUAUGCCAGCACCCUGAUAGCUUACCUGGAUGCCAACUAUGAGAUACCCUACUCUCUGCCUGGACUGCAGUACUGGCCCUGUGAUAAAUGGGCUGUUGGAUUACCUCACAUUGUCCUGAAGGGCACUACCAAAACACAGAAACGGUGCUAACAAAGUUAAAGUCAUUUUAACAUCUGUAACCACCUUCUUACCUUAAAGGGCGAGUCAAUUAUUAUUAUUAUUUUUAGCUUUUUAUAUCAUUCUUUAGCUUUACAGUGGUGUUCCUUAUAUAUUCAAAUCCAAACAUUCAAAUUUUGGUCAAAGUACGUAUGUUUUAGUGUCAAAAUGCUAUUUUGCCAAGCCCAUCUAAAAACUUUUAUCCUACGUGACCUAUCGUAGGUUUCUACAUGAUUACGCUGCUAUAUGUACAGUAUACUGUAUAUACAUACUUAUAGUCAGUGUAGUAAUGUUACAUGCAGUAACUUAGAUGGCAUUCGGCAGGCUCCCAGUUUGGAGAAGCAGACAGGAGAACGAGCACAGAAGCAAAGCAAUGUACUGCUGUG